GCUAAAGUUUCUUGCCAUGUGUUAAUUAUCGCCAGUGAGUUAACAAAAUCCAUUAUUGAGAUUCAGAAGUAAAUUACUUUAAAAUAUUCAAUAUUAUAUUGUGAAUUUAUGUGAUUAUCUUUCCAUCUCCUUUAAGAGUAAAACUAUAUAACUAUUUUCCUCUGACAGUAAAAUUCCAACUCAUAUGCAUAAUUCUUUUUCACCCACUUGCUAUUAUACGUUUAUCACUUCCUCUUCUGAGCAUCAAUAUAAACUGGGCAGACGACGCCUCUCAUCCUAGACUUGCUUCACUCCACAUCUGAUCUCAGCCUCAACAUGUCACUGCUCUCUUAUUUACUGCUGGCAGCUACUGCAGCCUGCUGCUUCACAACCCUCUUUGCAUUGCCAAUGGAUGGUGUUGUUGCCAACAGCAACUGUCAGUGUGUGACCACCACCUCAUCCAUAAUCCCAGCUCGGCUGUUCCAGAGGAUUGAGAUCCUGCCUCCGGGAGCACACUGUCGCAAAACUGAGAUCUUGAUUACCAAAAAGGACAACAAAACAGUUUGCAUAGACCCUGAAGCACAAUGGAUCAACAAAGUCCUCACAAGAGUAAUGAGCAAAAGAAGUGCAAAGGAAAGUGCCGAGACCACUGCGGCAUAAAUCAAAGCGGACAAGAACAACUGCGAUAAAGACAUUUUCCACUUCCUACUUUUCAACUAUUCCUUUUCGUUAAACAGGCAACUCAAGUGUGCUGAAUGUUAUCAGGCCAUAUUUACGUAGUCACAAAUUUGUUAUCGUAGGCUGUCUACAAAAUCUGUAAUUAUUAUUUUGAAAUAAAACUCACAACCUUCUUCCUUUAAAAUGACAUCUUUAUUGCCUUUAAGGUGGGAGACUAGAAUUUCUUGUUUUACAAAUGGGCCACAUGUAGCACCAUUUUCAUUUGCAAACAGAAAGUUUUUUUCCCCAAUAUAAUCAUCACCAUAUAUGUUCAUAGACUAAACAAGAUUUACAAAAUGUGUAUUCCUCAGCGGAGGAGAAACUGCCUGAAAAAAACUCCCAAAGUCAAUGAGAAAAAUCCAGUGAUUAAGUCAUCAUCUCAUUGGGAAAAUGCUCUUUUUUGGAUAUUCUAAUCAUUGUGUCUCAAGGUUCUUAGCAAAACAAUACUUUACAUUAUCUUAC